GUUAGGUGUUAUAUUCUCUACCAAAUAAUUCCUUUAGUGGGUGGUGCAAAUCCAAAUAAUAUUUGACACCUCACAAAUCAAUACCAUCAAUCCUUUGUUGUGAGUCUCUCAUUCAUUUCUUACACAUUUCCUUCACUUUACUCUAAAGCAAAAUUCACAUAAAUCUUCACAUGAAAAAACUCAUAUAAUAUAUCUAUCUAUCUAUCUACCCUUAGCUCUUGAGAUCCAAAAAAUAACCCAUUUUCUUUUCUUCUAUCUAUAAUAAAAUUAAAACCAUGAGAUCCAAAACACAAUUCAAAUGCAAUAUGAAACUAGCCAUUAUCUCCCUAAUGUUUCUCUUCUUUUUUAUUAUGCUAUUUAGAUCAUCAACAUUUUCAUUUUCUCAAAACCUCACCAAAUCAAACACCAACAACCUCACAAUAAUCUCAUCACAAGAAAAAACAUCAUCAUCAUCAUCAUGCCAUUCACUCCCAUUAACACAAACAUGCACAAAAAACCCACCAUCAUUAGUCAAUGCAUUAAUCCAUUAUGCAACAACAAAUAUCACACCUCAACAAACAAUUCAAGAGAUUUUAGUCUCUUCCAAAAUUCUUGAAAAAAAAUCACCUUGCAAUUUCUUAGUAUUUGGUUUAGGCCAUGAUAGUUUAAUGUGGACAUCAUUAAACUAUGGUGGUAGAACAGUUUUUCUUGAAGAAGAUAAAUCAUGGAUUGAACAAAUCCAAAAAAAGUUCCCAUCUUUGGAAUCAUACCAUGUCACAUAUGACACAAAAGUACAUCAAGGUGAUGAAUUAAUGAGAAUUGCAAUGGAAAAUGAAGAAUGCAAAAAAAUUAGUGACCCAAGAAUUUCAAAGUGUGAAUUAACACAUAAAGGGUUUCCAAAUGAAGUUUAUGAAAUUGAAUGGGAUGUGAUUAUGGUUGAUGCACCAACAGGUUACUUUGAUGGAGCACCAGGGAGAAUGAGUGCUAUUUAUACAGCUGGUUUGAUUGCUAGGAACAAAGAAAAUGGUGACACUGAUGUUUUUGUUCAUGAUGUUAAUAGAAAAGUUGAGGAUGAAUUUUCAAAGGCUUUUCUUUGUGAAGGGUAUUUUAGGGAACAAGAAGGAAGGAUUAGGCAUUUUAAUAUACCAAGUCAUAGGGCUCGUUUGGGUAGACCCUUUUGUCCAUGAAUUUUAUUUUUUUAGUUUUUAUAAGGUUACUCAAAGAUUAUGCUUUUUUUUUUUACUCACUCAAAGAUUAUGCUAUAGUGCUAUUGUUUGAGAUCAUAAAUGUCUUUUUUUUUUUGGGGAUUUUAUUAUGGAAUUGGUUGUUAUAUUUUUGAAGUUAUUGAUGGCUCUGGAUCGGAUACUACAUGCUAUUAUAUUAUGAGUUAUAUUUUCUAAGAGUUGUUUCAUUGGAA